UUAAUCCCUUAUUUUCAGCCCUCAUGUACUGGAUGAAGCUGAAAGAUCUCUGCACGAUGCAUUGUGCGUACUGUCUCAGACAGUAAAUGACAGUAGGGUUUUACUUGGAGGUGGAUGGCCUGAGAUGGUGAUGGCUAAGGCGGUUGAUGAACUAGCUAAGAAGACUCCAGGUAAAAGAUCUCAUGCAAUUGAGGCUUUUACCCGUGCACUUUUGGCAAUUCCAACCACUAUUGCUGACAAUGCCGGAUUAGAUAGUGCCGAGCUGAUUGCUCAGCUUCGUGCGGAACACCACAAGGAGGAAAGCAAUGCAGGAAUUGAUGUCAUCUCUGGAUCUGUUGGAGAUAUGGCAGAGCUAGGAAUAUCUGAGUCGUUCAAAGUCAAACAGGCAGUGUUGCUCUCUGCCACUGAGGCUGCUGAAAUGAUCCUAAGGGUUGACGAAAUCAUCACUUGUGCCCCAAGGAGGAGAGAGGGAAUGUAAAAACAAUAUUGGUCAUGUUUAAGCUGUUGAGAUGACUCGUAUUUUAUUAUGGUUUGAGAAUUUGAGAUGGUAGGUGUGGGCUGUAAACGAGUCAAAUGAUAGAUUGCUAUUGGAACCAUGCUAAAGUGCACUGCGCUGAGUAGUUUCUUUUGAGGAGCAAAUGUUUUGGUUUGUUUUCAUAAUGUAUGCAUGCUUCUAUAGAAAACAUUUGUUCGAUACGCACUUCUCACUGAUGACAUCAAUAUUUUGAGUGGCUGUUCUAUAGAAAAUUUUCUUGAGGGAA